AUGGACAAAAAGAAGAAUGACGAGAGUAGUAUUAUGAGCUCAGAAUGCACAGAUAAAAAUGAUAUGAAUGAAAAAGGGAAAAUAAUUAGAAAUGGUAGUGCAUUAAAUGAGUAUAACAUAUGUAACAGCUCUGCUAUGAUACUUGAGAGCGAAGAUAAACGAAAAAUAGCAAUCGGAAAAAGAACACAAACAAUACAAAAAAAUAAUGUCUACUAUUUAUAUGAUAGGCAGAAAAAGGAAGGAGAGAGAGAAGGGGGUAAUCUACGAAAUGGUAACAGUUCAGAGGGGACUAAGGAGAAUAGUGUGGAUAACAACGGAGCAACUGAUAGAAGGCAGAUGAGAAAUGAUACCAAUACUAAUAGAAGUUGUAGUAGUAGUUAUAACGACAAUGGUAGUAAUAAUAGCAACGAUAGUAUUAGCAGCAGCGGCAGUAUUAGCGGCAACGAUGGUAAUAGCGCUAACGGUAGUAAUAACAGCACCAAUGGCAUUGAUUAUUUGAAUUCCAGUGAAAUGCUUAAACCAAAUGCAAACUAUGUUUCUAACAUCUUCCUCCUUGAUGAAAAUAGAAACAGGUCAAAUGACCUUGUAAAUGCAGCUAACCAUAAUAAAGAAGACAUAAAUGUAAUAAAUGAAAAGGAAAAUUAUGAAACAUUGAAAUUACUAGAACAAGAAACAAAUGAUGCGAAUAAUCCAUACAUUUUAGAUAAUACAAUUAGAUUAGAUCAUAUGGAGAAAGUAAAAGAAACAAGUGGUGUUGAAUUUCCAGAAACAGAACAAUCAAAUCAUAAUAUGAAUAACAAAAUUAAUAAUGACAAAACGUAUAAUAAUACGUGCAGCAUAAAAAGUAGUACUAAUUUUAAUACCCAAAACAGUAUUAAUAGCACAUUUGUUACUAAUGAUUUAAAUCAUUUGUAUUCUAGAGAGAGUACUCUUAAAGAUUACAUAAUAAAUAAGGGAGGAAAUAAUACAGAGGUUGAGAGUGAAGAUGGAAAUGAAGAAUUUUUCAAAAAAAAGAAAAGUGAAAAAGGUAUUCAUAAAAAUAAUGAUGUAGAUGUUACUGAGGAUUCCAUAAGUAAUGUAGAAAGUGAUAACAACAUGGUGAAUGAUGAAAACCUGAAGAAUGAUAACAACAUAGUAUGUGAUAAUAGCGUUAUAAGAGGUAACGACGUAGUAUGUGGUGGUACCAUAAGGUUAAAAAAGGAUAAGGGGGAUGAGGAUAUAAAAAGAGAAGAGAACAACGUAAACGAGAAAAUGUUGGAAAGAAAAAACAGUAUUUUUUAUAUGUUAAAAGGAACGAACACUUUUUCUAAUAUUAAAAAAAAGUUUAAGAAAGAACUAAAAAGACAUAGAGAACUAAAUAAUAUUACUGAAAAAAGAGUAUAUGCGGAAAUAUUUUUACAAAAUCAAAUUAAUUGUUAUGAUUUAUUAUUAGAAAUUCGUAAAAAAGUACCUAUUUGGGGAGAAUAUGAAUCAAAUUUUUUUUUUCAUUGGAGGAAAAUUAUGGCUUUAAGUAUUGAAGAAUUAAAAAUUUAUAUUUUAAUAUUUAGAUCAUUAAGCAUAGAAACUAUUAAACAUUUAAAUUUUCUUAUGUUGAAAAUAAUUAUAGAGGAACUCGAUGAAUUAAGAAAAGUGCACGAACCAUUUUACAAGCCUUUUAUAUUUACACAUAAUUGUAUGAAAUAUUCUGACUACACAUAUGAAAAGAGUUCAGACAUUUAUGUUAAUAUGAACGAAUUUAUACAACCAUGGUAUAUGAAGAAUUUUAAUAAGUCCAUGGAUAUUAAAAAGUUUUUAAGUUCAUUAGAUAUUCUAGAAAAUCAAAAACAAAAAUCAUAUAUUAUACAAGCAAUGGAAAUUCCUUCCCACAUUGUCAGUAUGUGUGAUACAUUGUGUAGUGAACAUAAUGGGGAAGCAAUAAAUAGGGACUAUAAUACAACUGCAUCAAGUAAAGGAAGCAAGGGGAAUGAAACAAAUACUGGGAAUGUAACAAAUAAUGCUGAUAGAACCAAUACAGGAAAUGAAACUAAUACAAUUCCAAAAAAGGUUAAAAAAAUUUGUGGUAAAAAAAAAGAAAAUUAUAAAAUAAAAAAUUUAAAUACAUCUAUAAAUUCAAGGCCAAAAAAAAGAACUGGAUAUUAUGAUCUUGAGAUAGAUGGUGUUGUUGCAUCGUUCGAAGCUCGAAAAGGAGUUUACUAUGACAAGUCAAGAAAACUUUGGAGAGCUAAUUGGAAGGAAAAUGGCAAGAUACAAACAAAGGGAUUUUCAGUUAACGAAUAUAAAUCUGUGCAGCUAGCUAGGCAGAAGGCGAUCGAGUGGAGAGAAAAAAAAGAAGCUGAACUUUUGCUCUGA